UGAUGGUGAGUCCAACUUCAGAGCAGUAUGACAGCUUGCUCCGGCAGAUGUCAGAGAGAAUUGAUGAGGGAUGUGGGGAGACCAUCUAUGUCAUUGGUCAAGGAUCGGAUGGGACUGAAUACGGCCUGAGCGAGGCAGACAUGGAAGCAUCCUACGCCACGUUGAAGAGCAUGGCAGAGCAGAUCGAGGCUGACGUGAUCCUCCUGCGGGAGCACCAGGAGGCAGGGGGCAAGGUGCGCGACUACCUGGUUCGGAAACGCGUGGGUGACAACGACUUCCUGGAGGUCAGGGUGGCAGUGGUUGGCAACGUGGAUGCAGGCAAGAGCACGUUGCUGGGCGUCUUGACACAUGGCGAGCUAGACAAUGGUCGAGGCUUCGCCCGGCAAAAGCUCUUCCGCCAUAAGCACGAGAUUGAGUCGGGCCGCACCAGCAGUGUGGGCAAUGACAUUCUGGGCUUCGACAGUGAGGGCAACGUGGUGAACAAGCCCGACAGCCACGGUGGCAGCUUGGAAUGGACAAAGAUCUGUGAGAAAUCCACCAAGGUCAUUACUUUCAUUGACCUGGCCGGUCAUGAAAAGUACCUGAAAACCACCGUCUUUGGCAUGACCGGCCAUUUACCUGACUUCUGCAUGCUUAUGGUCGGCAGUAACGCUGGAAUUGUUGGGAUGACCAAGGAGCACUUGGGCCUGGCGCUUGCGCUUAACGUUCCCGUCUUUGUUGUGGUGACCAAGAUUGACAUGUGCCCUGCCAACAUCCUGCAAGAAACCCUGAAGCUGUUACAGCGACUGCUGAAGUCCCCAGGGUGCAGGAAGAUUCCCGUGCUGGUUCAGAGCAAGGAUGAUGUCAUUGUAACAGCCUCCAACUUCAGCUCAGAGAGGAUGUGCCCCAUUUUCCAGAUUUCAAAUGUGACCGGGGAGAACCUAGAUUUGCUGAAAAUGUUUCUUAAUCUCCUGUCUCCGCGGACCAGUUACAGGGAAGAAGAGCCAGCAGAAUUCCAGAUAGAUGAUACUUACUCUGUCCCGGGUGUAGGAACAGUUGUGUCUGGGACGACACUGAGAGGCCUGAUCAAGCUCAAUGACACCCUGCUGCUUGGGCCAGAUCCCCUUGGCAACUUCCUACCUAUUGCUGUCAAGUCCAUCCACCGCAAGAGAAUGCCUGUCAAAGAAGUGCGGGGAGGUCAGACUGCCUCCUUUGCUUUGAAAAAGAUCAAACGUUCUUCCAUCCGGAAAGGCAUGGUAAUGGUGUCACCCCGCCUGAAUCCACAAGCAUCCUGGGAGUUUGAAGCAGAGAUUCUGGUGCUCCAUCACCCCACCACCAUCAGCCCACGAUAUCAGGCCAUGGUGCAUUGUGGCAGCAUCCGUCAGACGGCCACGAUUCUCAGCAUGGACAAGGACUGCCUGCGGACAGGGGACAAAGCCACAGUGCACUUUCGCUUCAUCAAAACCCCGGAAUAUUUGCAUAUAGACCAGCGGCUGGUCUUCCGUGAAGGCCGCACCAAAGCUGUGGGUACCAUCACUAAGUUACUCCAGACCACCAAUAACUCGCCAAUGAACUCCAAGCCACAGCAGAUCAAGAUGCAAUCAACCAAGAAGGGAGCCGUUACGAAACGAGAGGAUGGUGUUCCUCCAGCUGGGACAGCAGCUGGAGGCCCACCAGCUGGGGACGAGGCCCCCUCAACAGCGGCAGCGCCACUGACACCUACUGCCCUGCAACCCUUGUCAAAAGUCGGAGGAGGAGGCCGGCGACGUGGGGGUCAGCGCCAUAAAGUGAAGUCUCAGGGAGCCUGUGACUUGCUGCUCUCCUCCUAUGUGCUGUCUCAGAUCCAGGGGUUAUCAAACACCUGA